AGCAGAUAUUCUUCCGCUUCAAGGAUCAUUUCCUUUGGUAUGGUCAGUACCUUCGCCCCCGAUAUGAUCAUGGUCGAACGAAACUUUAUCAUACUCAUCAACGUUAAUGUUCUGAGCGAUGUUCAGAAUACUUUAAGCAAGCUUAAGCCAAGGGGCUGGAAACUAUAAUAUUACUUAUGAAUGUUAAGUAGGUAUACUAACGCUAUUUUAGUAUACUUGUAAGUAUACUAACUGAGUGAUAAGACAUUGUAAGUAUAUUAAGAUAUACUUUCAAUAUAUUGGUCAGUGUACUGAAGAUAAGGAUAGGAAUUAAUAAGUAUACUAACAAAUGUUUUAAUAUACUGGUUAACAUAAUAAGUAUAGUUUGAAGAGUUUCCAACCCUUGGCUUAAGCACCUUGACGUGUAAAAACUCCCCAGUUUCUAAAAUUGAGUCUGAAUUUGAACGAAAUCGCGUCAGUUAACAUCCGCAAGCAAGGAGAAACUUAGUUCUGUUUUAUCUACCCUUCCCUUUGCAGAACGGUCUCGAUACACGAUCUUGAAGGUCAUUUACUCAGCCACAAAACUAAAACCGAGUUUAAGUGUCCCUAUAAGGGCUGCCUUAAGGCAUCAAAGUACGAGGUCACCGUUCAAAAGCACAUCUACAAGGAUCACCUCGGCUAUCCGAUGAUGGUGUACGCUUGUCACGUGUGCGGCAAAAGCACCGAAACGGCCGCCUCUAUGUCGAAGCACAUGAUGAAGGUGCACGAGCUGAAGCGAGAACCGGGCUACAACCGGUUCGUGUACAAACAGGACACGGCCACGGACGGCAAGUACCGGCUGCGGUCGUUCCUGAAGAGCCGAGAGGUGCCGGCUGCCGAGGAGUCGAAACCCGACCUAGCGUUGAAGAAGGAAGUCAUCACCGAGGUCAAGCCGCUGCCGAUGGUUGCGGACAUUAGCAAUCUGGAGCGGUACCUGUGUCCGAAGCGGGAGGUGAAGGAAGUGCCAGAGUGGGAGAUGGCCGAAAUUGUUCCGGUGUGGCGUACGCAGGCAGCGAGGAAGACUUACGAGAAUAAGACUAGAGUGCUUGCACUGAAGGAAUUUUAGAGCAGUUUUAAUGAUUUCAUUUUUGGUUUAUUAUUUUUUAAAUUCAUUUAUAUAUGCAUUGUAAACUAACGAUGCUAACUUUUAACAUUCAAUCAAUUUGAGUAAGGAUAUUAUUACACCGAAAAAGUGAAGUUAUAAUUGUUGAAAAUUGUUUUUUAAGAAUCGCC